AUGCCUAUUAUAACUGUAGCCAAGUUUCAUCCAAUGGAGAAAAGAAGAAGUUUGACCUCCUCUGCAGCCGCACUGAGCAUCACUCCCAACAGAUCUCAGUUCUUUCAGCAUGAGCACAUCUCUCUGAUGUGUGCACCACCGGCAGACUCCAGCGGCUGGACAGUGAGAAGAAACACUUCCUUUAGCACGUCUGAACCAUGUGAGGAGGGAUGGGGGAUCCCAGGUGAGUCCUCCUGCACCAUAAAAUAUGCUGACCCAUCAGACACCGGAGUGUACUGGUGUGAGUCUGAGCAGGGGGAGCACAGCAACACCGUCAACAUCACAGUGACAGCUGGUGUUGUGAUCCUGGAGAGCCCUGCACUUCCUGUGACGGAGGGAGACAAAGUGACACUUAACUGUUCCUACAAGGAAAAAGAGCAAAUUGAAUCUACGUCAGAUUUCCCUGCUACGUUCUACAGAAAUGGUGUUUUCAUCGGAAAUGAGCCUGCAGGGACGAUGAUCCUCCCCGCGGUGUUCGAGUCUGACGAAGGCUUCUACAAGUGCGAACUCCCCACAAAAGGAGAAUCACUGCAGAGCUGGCUGUCUGUGAGAGCUCGGCCUCCAGGAGUCCCUGCCACACCUCCACCUCCUCCCCUUUCUCUUUCUAAACUAGCGUGUUCCAUCCUGUUGUUCAUCUUCUACACUGCCAUACUCAUAAUUUGCAUAUACAUGUACCGAAGGUAUGCAAGAGCUCGAGCUGCUGCUAAAACAAGAGCUUCUGAUCAUCUGGUGCUAGAAUGAAGAAGAGGAGCCACAAUAUGUGCUUGUCAACAUGACUGGGAAGGAUAUAUAUAUAUUUUAUCUUACUUUUAACAUCUUGUAUUUUCUUAUUUGAUAUAAUAUCCUAACUAGUAUAACAUGAUGCUUAUGUGGUUUAUUUAAUAAUACUUUGCUUGUACUGAACCACUGAAAAAGUAUUCUGGUUUUAUGUUUAAAAAGACAAAACAAUGACUACUGUCAUAUUCUGAAUAAGGUUUUCCUGUAUACAUUAAAUUAUUUGCAUUUAUUAUUCAUGUAACUAUAUUUGUAUGUAAAAACUAAA